UUUCAAAAUUUCAUCUGCGACUGAGUUAUUUAGUUGAAAAAGUGUCUGUACUGAAAAAAAGGAGGAAGAGGAGCAACAAAAAAUCCCUUUUUGAGAGAAAAUACAUCAAACGCACACGAAAGACAACAACAACAACAAAUAAAAACACACAAAACUGCCUAAAGUGAAAAGCUAAUUUACAUAUCAAAGGCAUAUACCGAGUGAUUUUUUUUCCAACAAAAAGACAAAAAGUAAACAGCAAAAAUGCAGAUUUUCAAAAAGAGUGCAGUCGCUAUUACAAUAUUGCUUGUAAUUCUCUCGUUAUGCACCGAGGAAGUCGAAGGUCGUCGCAAAAUCCUCCGUGGACGACGAACUGUCACCCGGCACUAUCGUCGUGGCAUGCCGAUACCUGCGUGGGCUAUCAUUCUCAUGAUGGGCAUCGGUUACUUGAUUAUCGGCGCUGCCCUUUACUUGAUAAUGCGAAAAGUUAUCCUGCAAGCUCCCAUUGAAAACGUAAAUUCCUACACGCCGGCCAUGAUGGAAGACAACCUGUCGCCCUAAAAAAAAAGAAGAAGGAAAGAUUAGAAAAAUGUACAACAUCAUUAAUUCUACGACUUUAAUUACUAUUUUUACAAUAAGUUUCAUUAAAAAUGUGUUUUAUUACGGCGGCGGCGGUCAAUAAUAAUAACUUUAGUCAUUUUUCA